AUGAGCUCAUCUACCAGCGUUGUUUCUCCAGGUCUCCAGAGAUGCAGCAGAGCUACUGGAGUGUCUUGUGAAGGAGCACUGGAGCUGAGCUGGUCCCUGACUGAUGAAGAAAAGAGGAUCAUCUUGGAUGAGCACAACAAAUACCGCUCGCAGGUCUCUCCUCCUGCUGUGGAUAUGCUGAAGAUGAGCUGGGACACGGAGCUGGAGGCCUUUGCCCAGGCCUAUGCAGAGAAAUGCAUCUGGGACCACAACAAGGAGAGGGGCCGACGGGGGGAAAACCUCUUUGCUAUGGCCCCGAUGCUGGAUCUGGAAUUCGCUGUGGAGGACUGGAAUGCGGAGGAGAAAUUCUACAACCUGACGACUUCCACGUGUGUCUCUGGGCAGAUGUGUGGCCACUACACCCAGGUGGUCUGGGCAAGCACGCACCGCAUUGGCUGUGGGUCAAAGUUUUGUGAGAAGAUUGAAGGAAUUGAAACAGAGGACAUGUACCUGCUUGUCUGCAACUAUUAUCCCCCGGGUAACAUGAAAGGCAGGAAGCCAUACAGGGAAGGACCCUCUUGUUCACAGUGUCCCGAGGACAGAGUCUGUGUCAACUCCUUGUGUGAACCCACUAUAGAAGAGACCACUCCACCCUCUGUGACAACAAAGGCAAGCCCAUCCACCCCAGUCACACCAGAACGCACCACACCAGCACCCACCACAGUCACAGCCAAGCCAGAACCCACAACCAUGCCCUCAGCCACCACAACAGUAGCCAGCACAGCCAAGGCAGAGCCAAAACCUGCUACAACCAAGCCAUCAUACACCACACCGGUACUCACUACUGCUACAUCCAAGCCAAAACCCACCAUGCUAACAACCACCAGUACAGCCAAGCCAGCACCCACCACAGCAAAACCAACGACCACCACACCAGAA